AUGAAGCCCACCAUCCUCUUCAGACAAGAGCCGCAGCCUCCACCGGAGCUCCGAGCAGCUUUUAUGUACAUGUUACAAGGGAAGUAUCUUCAAAAUCAGGGAAUUAUGUGGCCUCAGGCCAUAACAGGAGGGGUCGGAAAUGCCCUCAAUGCAGUCAUCAACUACAUCUUUCUUUAUCCUCUGAAGCUGGGGGUCGCUGGAUCUGCUGCAGCCAAUGCUAUCUCACAGUAUUUCCUGGCUUUGUUCCUCUACUUUUACAUCCGCUGGAGGGGUCUGCACAAAGCCACCUGGGGAGGUUGGUCACUCGACUGUCUGCAGGAGUGGGGUCCUUUCAUCAAACUGGCCAUUCCCAGUAUGCUCAUGAUUUGUCUGCCAUGGUGGAUAUUAGAAAUAGGAGUGUUCCUGGCCGGAGCGAUAAGUGAGGUUGAGCUGGAUGCUCAGUCCAUAGUAUACCAGCUGUGUGUUGUGGCUUUCAUGUUCGCACAAGGAUUCUCUGCUGCUGCCUGUGUUCGGGUUGGGAGUGCUCUCGGUGCAGGAAACAUAGAGCAAGCCAAGCUGUCUUCCAAAGUCUCCAUCAUUUGUACAUGUAAGGACCAAUCGAUCAACAAGUUGUGUCUUUUUGACCAAUGCGGAUCAAACAAAAAGAUAAUGGGGAUGACGUCUAAUGGAGAUAUAAUUUUACAAGUUUCUGCAAUCUCUUGCAUUCUCUGCAUCAUAUUCAUCGGUUGGCUAGGGGUCAUUUUUAUUACAAAAUCCUCUCCUGUCUUUUACUCUCACAUUUCAGCUGUAAUUGUCAGUAUAUAUUUUUUCUAUCUAACACUAAUCUCUUUAUUUUUUUUUAGUGACAUUAUUCAAAGAUUUUUCAAAGUUAUGGUCAUAUUCGUUUUUUUCAUUGUUGCUGAUGCCACUGCGGGCGUGGCUGCGAGUGUUCUCAGAGGAGCAGGGAAACAGUUGAUUGGUGCUCUGUGGAAUCUGGUGGCCGUCUACUUCAUUGGCUUUCCCAUCGGUGUGUCUCUCAUGUUUGCAGCAAACAUGGGGAUUGUAGGACUGUGGACAGGACUGACCAUCUGUGGGACACUACAGGCAAUUGUUUUUAUCACAGUUUUGUGGAAACUUGAUUGGAUAAAGGCUGCUGAGGAGGCUUUUGUGAGAGCAGGAGUCCGGAUCACAGUAGAAAAAGAGAUGGAUGAGGUUGAGCACUCAGACUCAAAUCACAGCCAGGCCAAGGUCAGUGCUACUCUACCCAAGACUGUGAGUGCUGAGGAGGAUGACGCUGAUCUGGAAGCUCAUGAUCCAAGCCACAGUCUACAACAGUUCAGCACAACUACAGUGGGAGAUGUUCUGUCAGUAAAGCAGCUGAUUUUACGGCGUGGCCUGACAUUGCUAGUCAUGAUUUUCAUUCUCAUUGCUGGAAUUGUAGCCAGGUUAAACUGUUCAAAUGACUCAUCCUAAAAGCUCAGAAAUAUUUGUUGUUGAGGUGUCAACAUCAACAUCACAUUGAUUGCAUUGAGAAUCACUCUGUGCCGUUUCCAGUAACAGGUCUAUCCUCGAUGUUCCUGCUUUCUGCUACAGUGCAAACAGUGUUGCAGUGGAUGAUAGAAGUUAUGAUAAGUUUGUGUAGUGCAGUCACUGCUUGUUACUAAUACUGUUCAAUGCUAUUUUAUUUUUCAGGUAUUGUCCUGUUUGCAUUAAAAAUGUCCAUUGAUUUACACU